UUAAAAAUGAAAAAUUAUUUAAUUAUUAUUGCCCUAAUUAUGGCUAUUGUUGUUGUCUCUACCAAUGCCAAACAUUGUUCUAUUUUAAAAUUGGAUUGUGAAAAGUAUUGUCAUUAUACUUGUGGUUACGAGAGCGGUGAUACUGUUGUUUGUAAAAUUAUUAAAUCAAUUUGUGAAAAUAUUGGGUGUUGUCAUCAUGGAGAUGAGGAAUAA